AUGGUCUGGGGCAAAGGUUUUGGCCGCAGCAUCCACAAACUUCUGCGAGAACUCACAAGGAGGGAAAGCGUGGAGCACUCCAGCGUUGUCCUUGUCUCGGCCACUGCCCCCAACAGGGAGGCUGAUGAUACCGGCCGCCUCCUUCUGCUUCAGAUACGACACCAGAUUUUUCAGGGGUCGCUCCGUCGAGCUGCUGUCUGCUUCCUCCUCGGUCUUUCCCGGAACUGCCAGGAGGAUGGCGUAUCCAUCAGAGCCUGCUGCUUUGAUGCGACGAGACACUUCAUCCAGUUUGGGCUGGUCCAGGCGCAGGCGCUGUGCAAUCUUCAGCUGGGACACGGGACCUCCAGUGGGGCCUUCCACGAGCAGACUGCUGGCCAACUCCAGAUCUCCCUCUAA